UUCCACGCUGCAGCUGUUAUCUCCGACGCUAUGUACAUCUUUGGUGGCACAGUGGACAAUAAUAUCAGAAGUGGAGAAAUGUACAGGUUCCAGUUUUCUUGUUACCCUAAAUGCACUCUGCAUGAAGAUUAUGGGAGGCUGUGGGAAAACAGGCAGUUCAGUGACUUGGAGUUUGUUUUGGGAGAGAAGGAAGAACGAGUUCGAGGGCACACCGCAAUUGUUACGGCUCGCUGCAAGUGGCUGAAAAAGAAAAUCAUGCAGGCAAGGGAGAGGUUGAAACAGAAAUCGAAGCAAGAUAUUGAAGAUGAGGGACAUGCGGCGUGUCAGAAGGAUGGGAUUGGUGGGAACGUCAAGUUGUGCCGUCUGCAGCCAUUGCUGGAAGUCCCCAUCCGAGAGGCUGAGGCGCAACCCUUCGAGGUGCUCAUGCAGUUUCUGUAUACGGACAAAAUAAAAUACCCUCGCAAAGGUCACGUACAGGAUGUGUUACUUAUUAUGGAUGUAUACAAACUAGCCUUAAACUUCAAGCUCUCUCGACUGGAACAGCUGUGCCUUCAGUAUAUCGAAGCAUCUGUAGAUCUGCAGAAUGUGCUUAUCGUGUGUGAAAAUGCUAACAAGCUUCAGCUGGAUCAGCUAAAGGAACAUUGCCUGAACUUUGUGGUGAAGGAAUCACAUUUUAAUCAGGUAAUAAUGAUGAAGGAGUUUGAGCAUCUUUCUUCAUCCCUCAUAGUGGAGAUUGUACGGAGAAAGCAGCAACCUCCUGUUCGAACACAUUCCGAUCAGCCUCUUGACAUCGGAACAUCUUUAAUUCAGGACAUGAAGGCUUACCUAGAAGGAGCUGGGACUGAGUUCUGUGAUAUCAUCCUUCUCUUAGACGGCCACCCACGGCCAGCCCACAAAGCAAUCCUAGCAGCCCGCUCCAGUUACUUUGAAGCCAUGUUCCGUUCCUUCAUGCCAGAAGAUGGACAAGUGAAUAUUUCUAUAGGUGAAAUGGUUCCCAGCAAGCAAGCAUUUGAAUCUAUGCUUAGAUACAUCUAUUAUGGAGAAGUAAACAUGCCUCCUGAAGACUCCCUCUACCUCUUUGCUGCACCUUACUAUUACGGCUUCUCCAACAACAGGCUGCAAGCCUACUGCAAGCAGAAUCUAGAAAUGAAUGUCACUGUGGAGAAUGUACUCCAGAUUUUAGAGGCAGCUGACAAGACCCAGGCCCUGGACAUGAAGAGGCACUGCCUGCACAUCAUCGUUCACCAGUUCACCAAGGUCUCCAAGUUGCCAAAUCUCCGCUCCCUGAGUCAGCUCCUCCUCCUUGACAUCAUAGAGUCGUUAGCUAACCACAUAUCAGACAAGCAGUGUGCAGAGCUGGGCUCAGACAUCUGA